GUAAAGUUUUUACGUAAUUUCAUUGUUUUUAGGUCAGUGAAACAACCAGCAUGGGCCUGCUUACGAACCCAUCGAUUUCGCAGAAAGCAAAAUACUGCAAAGCCCUGAUACGGCACAACACACUGCUUUGCUUCGGGCUGUACCUGCUGGGUGUUGGCUACUUUUGUCUGCUGCCGGAUGCAAACUUUAAUUCGGCAACUUAUUUCUCGGAAAACGCGCUACUUCCCGGUCUGGUGUAUUCGGAGAUAAAGCCGGAAACGGUAGCCCUUGCGCGCGGCUAUGCCGGCGAGCUGGAGCGGGAGCGGGAAAACCAUCGCAAGGGAAUGCCGUAUGCGUGGCUGCUGGCCAAAAUGCGAAAGAUCGGACUGGAAACACAUACGCAUAAUUUUACCUUGAAUUAUCCGCUGGGAGGCGGAAAGGUUUUUACCGGGAAAAACGUUUACGGAAUUUUGCGUGCGCCUCGCAUCGGAUCAACGGAAUCGUUUGUAAUUUCGGUACCCUACCGGCCACCAGAAUCCGUACACACCGAUGUAUCGGCUGGUGUACCGCUAAUGUUGGCUUUUGCUGAUUUCGCACGUCGGCAAAAGUACUGGGCUAAAGACAUUAUUUUCCUGAUAACCGAACAAGAACAGCUUGGAAUGCAGGCUUGGCUUGAAGCCUACCACGGCUCCGAAGACAAUCGAAUUCUCAAUGCCGGAUCUUUAGAUGGCAGGGCGGGUGCUAUCCAAGCAGCGAUUAAUUUGGAAGCCCAAAGUUUUGAUAUCGAUUAUAUCAAUCUAAAGCUUGAAGGACUGAAUGGACAACUUCCCAACUUGGAUUUGCACAACUUGGCUCAAAAACUUUCGCAGAAAAAUGGUGUUACGGCCGCUUAUCGACUGUCAGAUACCAGCAAACGGAUGACCACCGGAUACUGGGAAAAACUGCAGAAUCUGCUAUCAAUGGUUUUCAGCCAAUCUACCGGUGUUCCGACCGGUAAUCAUGGUCUUUUCCAUCGCUACGGAAUUGAGGCAUUAACGCUGGAGUGUGUACAAAAGAGUGCGACCUCACGUACUUCCGUGGGUGUCGGCGCACUUCUUAAAAUAGUCGAAGGCAUCAGCCGAAGCUUGAAUAACCUACUGGAACGCUUCCACCAAAGUUACUUCUUCUAUUUGCUGGUGACGCACGAUCGGUUUGUUUCGAUCGGAGACUACAUGCCCAGUUUGGGGCUGAUGGCCGGAGCUUUAUUGAUCAAAUCCUUCAUACACUAUCUAUCGCUUUACUAUUCCGAUGAAGAGGAGAAAAACGGGUCAGAAGACACGGAGCUAAAUCAGCAACCGAAGGUAAAUUACGUGCAAAUUGGUUCGCUCGUUCUGCUUGCUCAUUCGAUCGGGGCCGCAACCACCGUUCUACCGUUCCAUUCCGGACUAAAUGCCUAUCUGCAUGAAGCCAAUUUUACCACGCAGUUCAGUUUGUUUGUCAUCUUGGUUAGCAUUUCCGUGCUGACCUUGAUUCUGCCAUUUUUUGUUCCUUUGCUCGAUAGCUUCAACUCGGAAGUUCUGCAAAUUGUCGUACUCUUAGAACUGGGAACUGUCCUACUGACGGUGGGAAUGCUAAACUUUUCGCUAGGACUGAUCCUAUCAGUUGUGGUGGUGCCAAUUGUGCUUAUGUUACAACCACGGAAAGAAGGUUUCCUUAAUCGAGGAUCAUCUCGAUUCUUUUGCUUACUGUUGCAUCCACUGGUGGUGGUACUUCUGACCGUAUUCAGUGUGACUUAUGUGCUAUUCCCCGAGCUGAGCCUCUACGCCCUGAUAGAGAAAGCCGUUGCUGCCAGCAUGGAUGCCAUUACCUAUUCCUUGGUGGAUUCGAUGAUCUACGGCAAUUGGUUAUUCAAUCUAGUUGCGCUCAUUUUUCUGCCCUCGUGGACAUUGCUGUGGUUUUUGAUGUUUGCUACCAAGUUGAAAAAGACUUCAUUUAAUUCCAAAGUACUAAAACAGGACUGAAACUUAGUAGAUGUAUUUUAGUUUGCAUUCAGUAUAAUAGUAAUAAUAAAUUAUCCGUAUUCACUAGAAACCAAAGAAAGCCGGAAAUUCUUUAAAUAAAAAC